AUGGAGCGCUGGCCUUGGCCGUCGGGCGGCGCCUGGCUGCUCGUGGCCGCCCGCGCGCUGCUACAGCUGCUGCGCGCAGACCUGCGUCUGGGCCGCCCGCUGCUGGCGGCGCUGGCGCUGCUGGCCGCGCUCGACUGGCUGUGCCAGCGCCUGCUGCCCCCGCCGGCCGCACUCGCCGUGCUGGCGGCCGCCGGCUGGAUCGCGUUGUCCCGCCUGGCGCGCCCGCCACGCCUGCCCGUGGCCACUCGCGCGGUGCUCAUCACCGGCUGUGACUCUGGGUUUGGCAAGGAGACAGCCAAGAAAUUGGAUGCCAUGGGCUUCACGGUGCUGGCCACUGUGUUGGAGAUGAAUGGGCCUGGUGCCCUAGAGCUGCGUGCCUGCUGUUCACCUCGCUUGAAGCUGCUCCAGAUGGAUCUGACCAAGCCAGCAGACAUUAGCCGGGCACUGGAGUUCACCAAGGCCCACACCACCAGCACGGGUCUGUGGGGCCUGGUCAACAACGCAGGUCACAACGAUGUAGUGGCCGAUGUGGAGCUGUCUCCUGUCGCCACGUUCCGCAACUGCAUGGAGGUGAACUUCUUUGGUGCCCUUGAGCUGACCAAGGGCCUCCUGCCGCUGCUACGCCGCUCAAGGGGUCGCAUUGUCACCCUGGGCAGCCCUGCAGGAGACAUGCCCUAUCCAUGCUUGGCAGCCUAUGGGACCUCCAAGGCAGCCAUGGCGCUGCUAAUGGACGCAUUCAGCUGUGAACUCCUCCCCUGGGGAGUCAAGGUCAGCGUCAUCCAGCCUGGCUGCUUCAAGACAGAAUCCGUGAGCAACGUGAGCCACUGGGAGCAACGGAAGCAACUGCUGCUGGCCAACCUGCCCGGGGAGCUGCGCCAGGCCUAUGGCGAGGACUACAUCGAGCACUUGCACAGGGAGUUCCUGCACUCACUCCGCCUGGCGCUGCCUGACCUCAGCCCAGUUGUGGAUGCCAUCACCGAUGCGCUGCUGGCAGCUCGGCCACGCCGUCGCUAUUACCCAGGCCGUGGCCUGGGGCUCAUGUACUUCAUCCACUACUACCUGCCAGAGGGCCUGCGGCGCCGCUUCCUGCAGAGCUUCUUCAUCAAUCCCUGCCUGCCUCGUGCACUGAGGCCUGGCCAGCCUGGCACUACCCCUGCCCCGGACACGGCCCAGGACAACCCCAGCCCCAACCCAGACCCUUCCCUAGUGGGAGCUCGAUGAGCUGCACACACAGGGCCUAGCUGCUCCAGCUCGGGAGGCUCCAUGAGCCCUUGCCCUUGGCCCUCCCCUGGGUAUUAUGACUCCUUGGAGCCUGUUCUAAAGAACCCCAGCCCCCAACUGCUGAUGCCUGGUUCAGGCCCAGAGAGGCUGAGUUUCCCAGGGAGCCUCUGGGCCCCCAUACUGCUUCAUGAGCCUGCACAGACUGUCUUGGGCACAACACUCCCCACUACAGCCUGAAGAAUCCCGUUGGAUGGGGAGUGUAGUGCAUGACUUCACUGGAGCCUUUGGCAGGUCGCUGCCAACUGGCAUCUCUGCAAACUAAGGGGUGACUGGGUAGGUUGGGGACCCUCUCAGGAUUGUUUCUGGGCACCAGUGCCUCAGGGCUGCAACUGAAGGGUAAACCCCAAUUGUCUCUUGACUGGCUCAAGAAUUAGGGCCCCAACCACCUGUCCCCAAAUCACAGGGAAGCUGCAUACCCUACUUGCCCAAUGGCUACUUUUUAA